GGCCCCGGCCCCACCAUGGGGGACAUGAAGACCCCGGACUUCGACGACCUGCUGGCCGCCUUCGACAUCCCGGACAUCGACGCCAACGAGGCCAUCCACUCGGGCCCCGAGGAGGCGGGCGAGGCCCCGGUGAAGGCGGAGCCCGGCGGCGGGGGCGAGGCCCCGGACCCCGGCCUGCCGCCCCCCGACAUCUCGGCCGUCAGCGUCAUCGUGAAGAACACGGUGUGCCCGGAGCAGCCGGCCGCCGAGCCGCCCGCGCCGGGGGCCGGGGGGGAGGGGGCCCGGCCGGGACCCCCCAGGGAGGGCGGCGGCGGUGGCGGCGGCGGCCCCCGCCUCCUGCAGAACGGCUUCGGCGGGCCCGACCCCCCGCCCGGCCCCCGCUCGCCGGCCGACGGCUGGAAGGCCCCGGAGGGCCCGGCCGCCCGGGGCCCCCUGGACCUGUUCGCUCACUUCGAGGCCAAGCCGGGCUCCCCCGCCCCGGGGCCCCCCGCGCCGGGCCCCCCGCGGCCCCCCAAGGACGAGCCCGGGACCCCCCUCGGCGACGGGGCCGCGGGGCGGGGUGACCGGGAGGAAGGGGGGGAGGAGGAGGAGGAGGUGGGGGAGAACGGGGAGGAAGAGGCCGGGGCCGCGGGCGGGGAGGGGCCCGGGGCCGCCGCCGCCGCCGCCGCGGCGGAGGCCGGGGAGGAGGCGGCGGGGCGCAGCGCGUCCAGCGGGGCCGAGGGGGCCGACGAGGACAGCAACGCCGACUCGCCCGGCUCGGCCCGGCCCCUCAAGGUGCGCAUCAAGACCGUCAAGACGUCCUGCGGGAACGUCACCCGCACCGUCACCCGCGUGGCCCCGGGCCCCGGCCCCCCGGCGGGCAAGGCGGCCGUGGUGGUGCCCGCGGUGCCCGUGGUGCCGCCCAAGGCCGACGGGGCCCCGGUGGUGCGGGUGCAGCCGGCCCGGGCCGCGGGGCCGGGCGGCGGGGGGCCGGGCGGCGGGGGCCCGCCCAUCUCGCGCUCCCAGUCGAGCCUGGUGGAGGCCUUCAACCGCGUGCUGAACGGCAAGAGCCUGCUGCCCGUCUACCGGCCCAACCUGCGGCCGCCGGCCGAGGCGGGCCUGGCCCUGCCGCCCCUGGGCUACCGCUGCCUGGAGUGCGGGGACGCCUUCUCCCUGGAGCGCAGCCUGGCCCGCCACUACGACCGCCGCAGCCUGCGCAUCGAGGUCACCUGCAGCCACUGCACGCGCCGCCUGGUCUUCUUCAACAAGUGCAGCCUGCUGCUGCACGCCCGCGAGCACAAGGACCGCGGCCUGGUGAUGCAGUGCUCCCACCUCGUCAUGCGGCCCGUGGCCCUGGACCAGAUGGUGGGCCGCCCGGACGUGGCCGGCGACGGCCCGGCCGAGCCCCCGCCGCCCGCCCCCUCCUCCUCCUCCUCCUCCUCCUCCUCCUCCUCCUCCGCCGCCGCGGCCGCUGCCGCCGCCUACACCUGCUUCCGCUGCCUGGAGUGCAAGGAGCAGUGCCGGGACAAGGCGGGCAUGGCCGCCCACUUCCAGCAGACGCCUGCCGCCGGAGCCGCCGCCUCGGCCACGGUGUGCCCCACGUGCCCCAUGAUGCUGCCCAGCCGCUGCAGCUUCGGCGCCCACCAGCGCAUGCACAAGAACCGCCCGCCCCACGUGUGCCCCGAGUGCGGCGGCAACUUCCUGCAGGCCAACUUCCAGACCCACCUGCGCGAGGCCUGCCUCCACUUCUCCCGCCGCAUCGGCUACCGCUGCCCGAGCUGCGCCGUGGUGUACGGAGGGGCCGGCUCCAUCAAGUCGCACAUCCAGACGGCCCACUGCGAGGUUUUCCACAAGUGCCCCGUCUGCCCCAUGGCCUUCAAGUCGGCCCCGAGCGCCCACGCCCACGUCUACACGCAGCACCCCGGCUUCAGCAACCAGCCGGCCAAGCUGAUCUACAAGUGCGCCAUGUGUGACACCGUCUUCACCCACAAGCCCCUGCUGUCGUCCCACUUCGACCAGCACCUGCUGCCCCAGCGCGUCAGCGUCUUCAAGUGCCCCUCCUGCCCCCUGCUCUUCGCCCAGAAACGCACCAUGACCGAGCACCUCAAGAACAGCCACCAGGCAUCGCAGGCGGGCGAGGAGGGCGCGGCCAAGGACGCGGGGGCCCUGCCCCUGCCGCCCCCGCCGCCGCCCAGGCCCGAGCCCGCGGAGCCGCCCGUCGUCACGCGCGCCGGGCCCUCCGACGAGUCGUCGUCCUCCUCGGAGGAGGAGGAAGAGGAGGAGGAGGAAGAGGAGGAGGAGGGGCCGCCCAGCUCCCCCGACCCGCCCCGGGCGGCCAAGCGGGCGCGGCGCGGAGCCGCCGGGCGGGGGGGGCGGCGCGGGCCGGGCGGGGGGGCGGGUGGGGGCGGCGGGGGCUGGACCUGCGGCCUCUGCCAGGCCUGGUUCCCCGAGCGCGACGAGUACGUGGCCCACAUGAAGAAGGAGCACGGCAAGGCGGUGAAGAAGUUCCCGUGCCGCCUGUGCGAGCGCUCCUUCUGCUCCGCCCCCAGCCUGCGGCGGCACGUCCGCGUCAACCACGAGGGCAUCAAGCGCGUCUACCCGUGCAGGUACUGCACCGAGGGCAAGCGCACGUUCAGCAGCCGCCUGAUCCUGGAGAAGCACGUGCGCGUGCGGCACGGCCUCCAGCCCGGCACCCCGCCCCGGCCCGCCCUGGCCCCGCGCCCCCGUCCCCGCCGCCGCCCAGGUAAGGGGGCCCGGGCGGGCGGGGGGGGGCGGCGGCGGCGCGGGCUGGCGUCCUCGGACUCGUGCGGCGAGGAGCCGGACAGCACCACGCCGCCCGACAAGCCCCCGCGCGGGCCCCUGCGCUGCCGCCGCUGCGGCCACGGAGCCCCCGGCCCCGCCGAGCUGCAGGCGCACGUGGCCCAGGCCCACGGCGGCGGCGGGGGCGGCGGCGGGGGUCCCGGGCCCCAACAGUGCACGGACUGCGGCCUCUGCUUCGCCUCCCCCGGCUCCCUCAGCCGCCACCGCUUCAUCAGCCACAAGAAGAAGCGGGCGGCCGGGGGUCCGCGCCCCGAGGAGCGGGGCCCGCCCUCGCCCCCGUCCCCGCCGCCGGGGUCCGGCCUGGCCUGCGAGGUCUGCGGCCAGAGCUGCGACAGCCCCCUGCGCCUCAAGACGCACUUCCGCACCCACGGCAUGGCCUUCAUCCGGGCGCGCCAGGGGGGCAGCGGCGACGGCUAGGCGCCGGCCCCGGGCCCCCCGUGGAAGCCCCCCUCGGACACGCCGCCGGCCCCCCGGCCCCCUACCCCACAGUGCCUUU